AAAUAUUGAUGAAAGUUUUGACAUUUUACUUUUUACGGAAAUAUUUACAUACGUGCUGCAAUAUUGAAGAAGUUAAUCAAUUUUAUUGAAAGAUACUUAAAUUUAUGUGUUUAUUGUCAAUAAUAUUGUAUACUUGUGAUUUGCUAUUAUCAAAGAACUGAAGAUGAGCACCAGAGAUAAAGAUAUAACAGCGGAAUUUAUUAAAUGCUAUCGAGAACACACAAGUUUGUGGAACAAUAAGAAAACCCUAAACAAACAGUUGAGACAGCAAGCAUAUGCAAAAUUAACUAAAAUCCUGAAAAAAUGCGAUCCAAAUGCCAAUAAGGAUACAGUGACCAAGAAGAUAAAUUGCCUCAGGACAAAUUUUAAGUCGGAAUACAAGAAAAUGCAACAGCAAUUGGCUACUGAGGGGCCAGAGGUUGCUUUUGCAUCAAGGAGUCCCCAUUUUCAGAGUCUCCUUUUUUUGGCUGAAUCUGAUAGCUUGUAUAAAAAAGGAAACAAAUCGAAAGACGAUGUUCAAGUUCAACCUAUCCAAAUAGUAAGCAUGAGCCCGAUCCGAGAUACAUCAUCAUCAACCUUUGAUGAAGGAGGCGGCAAUAGAUAUUCUGAUGGUGAAUGUCCUGAAAAGGGUCAUGUACUUUACGAAGGUUUUGUACAAAAUACUAACAUUGCAGAGAUCUUCGAUGGAAUGAGGGAGGAAGAGGUGGAUAUGAGUGGACAGACAGCUAAAGGGAGAGGAUCAAAUGAUGAUAGCGAUUCCAUUUUCGAUUAUGAUCGUUUUCAAUUUGACGAUGACGAAUAUGAUGCAUUUGGGAAAUAUGUUGCAGCCCAAAUGAAGAGUAUGGACGAGAGACAGAGGAUUUAUCUAAAACGGGUCAUCAAUAAGGCAAUAUUUAGCGGAGAAAUGAAAAGGCUCAGUGAAAAGACGAAAUUGGUGGGUUAAGGAUAAAACAAAAUAUACUUCCGAUGAAUUUUGUAUUUUUCAGUUCAAUAAAUUCAUUUCAAAAGGUAAAAA